UUCAGUGGGCGGGGCCGGCGGCUGAACUGUCCUGGAGGCUUGGGGAUGUGAAUCCUUCUCCGGCGGCCAGGGAAACGCCGGACCAUGGGCGUUCAGGAGCGGGAAGCACAGAGGUGGCGGGGCUGAGCCCCGCUGAGACCUCUGGGCCGGCCAUGGGGGACCGCGAGCGCAAUAAGAAGCGGUUGCUGGAGCUACUGCAGGCUGCGGGCACCGGCAACGGGCACUGCGCCGACUGCGGGGCAGCGGAUCCUGACUGGGCCUCUUACAAGCUGGGGAUUUUCAUCUGUCUCCACUGCUCUGGCGUCCACCGCAACUUCCCAGACAUCAGCAAAGUUAAAUCCGUGAGACUGGACUUCUGGGACGACAGUAUGGUGGAGUUCAUGACUCACAACGGGAACCUCAGUGUGAAAGCCAAGUUUGAAGCUAGAGUCCCAGCUUUCUACUACGUCCCUCAGGCCAACGACUGCCUGGUCUUAAAGGAACAAUGGAUUCGAGCUAAGUAUGAAAGACAGGAGUUUAUGGCUGAUGAGAAAACUGUCUCACCCCCAGGUAACCGAGAAGGGUUCCUGUGGAAGCGAGGACGGGACAAUGCACAGUUCCUGAGAAGAAGGUUUGUCCUUCUGUCGAGGGAAGGCCUCCUGAAGUACUACACCAAGGAGGAGGGUAAAGCCCCAAAGGCUGUCAUCAGCAUCAGGGAUUUAAAUGCCACCUUCCAGACGGAGAAGAUCGGACAUCCCCACGGGCUGCAGAUCACCUACAGGAAAGAAGGCCACACCAGGAACCUGUUUGUUUACCACGACAGUGGAAAGGAGAUAGUGGACUGGUUCAAUGCUCUCCGUGCAGCUCGCCUGCAAUACCUAAAAUUGGCCUUUCCUGAUCUCCCAGAGUCUGAGCUCGUGCCUCUCAUCACCAGGAACUACCUCAAACAAGGCUUCAUGGAGAAGACUGGUCCAAAGCAUAGAGAACCCUUCAAGAAAAGAUGGUUUGCCUUGGAUCCUCAGGAGCGGAGGCUGCUCUAUUAUAAGAACCCCCUGGAUGCUUUUGAGCAGGGCCAGGUUUUUCUGGGAAGCAGCGAGCAGGGAUAUGAAGUAUGGGAGGACCUGCCCAAGGGCGUCCGAGGGAACCGCUGGAAGGCUGGACUCACCGUCGUCACUCCGGAGCGGAAAUUCAUCUUCACCUGUCCCACUGAAAAGGAACAGCGGGAAUGGCUGGAGAGUCUGCGGGGUGUCCUGUCCAGUCCCUUGUCGCCCCUCCACCUCCUCAGUGAGAAGUGGAGGAUGGGUGGGGGUUCAUUUGGCCACAUCGGCAGAGACUGACUGUGGCCUGAGGUGACCCAUCUCCGAGGAUCUGGCUGGCCAUUGAGCACCUGAAGUCCUGAAGAAGAGUUCACCUCAGCCCUGGUUGUCCAGAAGGAAGCCCCAAGGCCAGCAGCUGCCCUGUCAGUGAACUCUGUCAAGACUCAGGGUGUGGUUGAUCCUACGGCUCCCUGGGCUCCUUCCUGCAAACAUUUUCCAGUCUUGAGGAACUGGUACAGAGAAGAAUUGAGCUCUCCAAGUUUAGAAGUCCUGGAGGGUUCCUCAUAACUGCACUGAGAGCUGGCCAUGGUGACGCAUGCCUGUUGAGAGUCGAGAUUGCCUUGAGCCCAGAGCCAACCUGGUCUACACUAGUAGUUCAAGGCCAGCCUGGGUUACAUAGCAAGAUCUUGUCUCAAACAAACAAGCAAACAAACCAGGAAAAAGAGCACUCAGGAGGCAGAGACUGAAGGGUCCAGGACACUCACAGCCAGGGCUGGUUACACUGAGAAACCUUGUCUAGAAAAACUAAAAACAAAACAAACAAACAAAAAAAAAACAGAAAAGCAAGCAAGCAAACACCAACAAAAAACUACAGAUAGGGAUGGAUGCUGCAAUAAAAAAAGUGCCAAAAAGUGCCCACAGUACCCAGAUUGUACAACAGAAAGAUUUUAAAGUUUAAACCUAACUGAAGAAAUAUUCAGACAGUCACUUAUUACUUACAUGUUGCUAUACAACUAGCUUGGAUUCUUCAAAUGACAUGAUUAUAAAAGAUAAAAUUGGCCAGGCAUGGUGACACACACCUUUAGGCCCAUGUACUCAGCAGGCAGAGGCAGGCACAUCUCUUUGAGUUCAAGGCCAGCCUGGUCUACAUAGUGAGUUCCAAGACAACCAGAGCUACAUAUAGAGAAUUUGUUUCAAAAAAACUGAGGAGAGGGGUGACACAUACAGACGACCAAAGCCAAGUGUGGUAGUACCUAUAAUUUUAACAUUAGGGAAGUAGAGGCAGGCAGAUCAAAGACUAUGCUAUUAUACAUACAUAGAGAGUUAAAGGCUAGCCCGGGCUACAUGAAACCUUUAUUCAAAGAAGAAGAAAAAACAAAACCUGUACCAAGUCAUGGCAACAAAGGCAGUUUGGGAUUCUUAAUUGGAACCUGGAUUUUUAAAAGAGAAAUCUUAAUGCUGGGUGACAUUGGUGGUGAUGCCUUAAUCCCACGACUUGGGAAGUAGAGGCAGGCUAAUAUUUGUGAGUUCAAGGACAGCCUUGUCUACAAAGUGAACUCUAGACAUCCAGGGCUACACAGAAACUCUCUUUCAUAAAAAUGGGAGAAGGGCUGGAGAGAUGGCUCAAAGGUUGAUGUUCUUCAGAGGUCCUGAAUUCAAUUCCCAGCAACCAUAUGGUAGCUCACAACUAUCUGUAAUGGGAUCUGGUGCCCUCUACUGGCUUGCAGGCAUAUAUGUAGGCAGAACACUACAUAAUGAAUAAAUAAAUAAACAAACAUAAAUAAAAUGGGAGAGAGAGAGAAACCUUGGAGCUGGAUAGAUGGCUCACUAGUUAAGAGAACUGGAUGCUCUUGCAGAGGACCCAGCACCCAUAACUCUAGUUCCUGGGGUUCAGACACUCACAACAAUACACAUAAAAUUUUAAAAAGAAGCCAUGUAAAGGAACCUAAUUGGUUUUGGAGAAACUAGGGUCUGGAUGUAUAUUAGAUAGCAAUAUCGUAAAAUUGUAACAAUCAUGAAGUGUUUGUAUAGAAUGUUCCUGUCCUUUGGGACACAUAAAAUGUAAAAUGUAGUGUGAUGUCUAUGGCCAAUUUUUAAAUGGUUCAACUGAAAAAAAUCAGUAUAUGUAUAUAUGUACCCAGAUGGAAUGCAUGUGUGUGCAUUCCCAUAUCUAUAUACAGAGAGCAUACCACUGAUGAAUCUAGAUGAAAUGUAAAUGAACAUUUAUUUUCCUAUUUGUGAAUAUUUUAUAUAGAUUUGAGUUUUCAUAUUAAAACAUCUGUAAAACA